AUGGGGACGGGUACUUCUCUGUCCCAUGUAAAAGUAGGGAUUAGUCGGGAUGGAUCGUUGUUUGAAAAUCCAGCUAAUAAGGAUUGCAUGGAAGACCACAGUGAUCCGGACUACGAGGACUACACAGCAGGAAGUUAUCAUCUAGAGGCAGGGACGAGUCGUGGUAGGGUUGUGUUUGAGAACCCGGCUAAUGAGGAUUAUAUGUAUUACACUGAUCCGAAUGAUUCGGCCUACACAGUAGGAAGUGGUGAAAGCGAGGAAGGGCUUGAAGUGUCUUCAGAAAGUGAUAAUAGCGGUUAUGAAUCAGAGAACUUUGAAGAAGAAGAGUUAGAAACUUCCGUACCAGGGCGGCACAUAUACCGCGAAAUGGGCAAAGGGAUCCAUCCAGUGUUGACAGAGAUGAAUUCAGUCUUCCUAAGUGGGAUGGGACACCUGAUUCCAUAA